AUGGUGAAUAUCCUGACUGAGGCUGGCGCGGUUAUCUACGUAAAGACUCACCUGCCCCAAACAAUGAUGGCUGCCGACUCCCAUACAAAUGUUUUUGGCCGGACUCGCAACCCGUACGGACGCAACUUGACAGCCGGGGGUAGCUGCGGUGGCGAGGGUGCCCUGAUAGCAAUGCGUGGGUCUAUCCUGGGCGCCGGAACUGAUGUUGCGGGCUCGCUCCGCAUUCCGUCGCUGUGCUGCGGUAUUCAGGGAUUCAAGCCCUCUGUUGGGAGACUCCCCUUUGCCGGUCAAACACCACCUGGGCGGAUUGGCCUUGCGGGAGGCAUCGCAGUCGCAACUGGGCCUCUUUGCACCUCUGCGCGCGAUGCAGAGUUGUUCUUCAAAACGGUCGUCUCAUCCCAUCCGGAGAAUCUGGACGACAAUUCUCUUGGGUUCCCGUACAUUGAGCCACCGAAGCUAGAAUCGCCACUCACUAUCGGAGUCUUACCAGAGGAUCCCGCUUUUCCACUCCAUCCUUGUAUGCAGCGGACUAUAGACACCGCGACUCGCAAGCUUGCCACGUCUGGCCAUCGAAUUGUAAAUCUCUCCUUAGAUGAGAUUCCGUCUUUGGCAGAUGCUUGCGACCUAGCUUUCCGCUUCUUCAAUAUGGAUCCGGACCGCACGCCGUUGCGCAAUGUGGCCAACGGGGGUGAACCGUACAUUCCAUCGCUCAGUAUGAUAUACAAUCUUGAAAACACCGGUCCCGAGCCCACCUUGCGCCAGCUAUAUGAUUUUAAUAUCGCCAAGGCACAAGUUGCAGCGAAGAUGCGGCAGGCCUGGUUGAAAAGCGGCGUUGACGUGGUUUUGGGCCCUGGCUACCAAAGCUGCGCGCCUCUCAACGAUACAUACGGCAAUACUAUCUACACAGUUAUCUGGAAUAUGGUGGAUUACCCUGCUUGUGUAAUCCCAUUCAGAUACGCAAAUCAAGCUGCUGAUGCCGAGUUCGUGCGCGACGUGGCGUAUACUCCUGAGUACAACCCCGAGGAGGUAGAAGGAGCACCCUGCCAUGUGCAGUUAGUUGGCAGGCGGCUGAAGGAUGAAGUCUUCCUCCAACAUGCGAAAGUGGUCGAGAAGGUGCUGGGCGAGUAG